UUAAAAUCAGAGUGUGCACUUGAUGCUAGAUGCCCAUGGGCUAGACUUUGUUGUGCAACUUUCCAGUUACUACAAAUAGCCAAAGAUAAUUACACAUUUUUACAUUUCUGCAGUCAACUGGCAGUGGGUGGAGAUGACUACACAGCUACAUCUGGUAGCCUCAUCUUUGAAGAAGGAGAUCUGACAAAGAGCUUCACUCUCUCAAUCAGCAGUGACAGUGUUCCUGAACUGGAUGAGUACAUUUUCAUAGCCAUCACCUCUGUGGAGCUUGAUCCUGACACUGUGGAGGAUGUUGACAGCUCUGUACUGCCAACUUCAGCCAGUGCGACGGGAGUCUGGCGUUUGUGGUGAUUGCUGAAAAUGACGAUGCUCGUGGAGUCCUGCAACUAUCCAGCUCCACAUAUGAAGCUGAAGAGUCCUCACAGAACUGUCAGCCGAGGAGCUGGUAGCUUUGGAACAGUACGUCAUGCAGCACGAACUAGCCUCAAACUCAGUCUCUUAUCUGUUUCUUUGCCACGAGGGGGACACGGUUUCUUUGCAUGUAGUUGUCAUGGAAAUGAUCUAAUACACAUGUAUACCAAGUUUCACCUUUAGCUAACAUUAGAAAGUUUGAGGAGUGAAGAAGUAAAUUUAAAGAAAAAUUGCCCGAGGCUAUU